AUGUCUGUGACUGUGCGACACCUUAAUGCUGACAGUACAUUUCUUCUAUUGUUCUCUCACAAAGCUGAGCCAACGCCAUCGGACCUGCUGUCUGCCAAUGGCGUGUACAGCAUUCUGAUUGACCCAUGGCUAGUCGGUAGUUCGAUAGUGAACGCGAAAUGGUUCGCCAUCACUAACAGAUUAGUCCCGAGUUCGAUCAACCACCUCUCCGAAAUCGAAGAGCCCGAUAUUGUGCUUGUGUCGCAGAACAAGCCGGACCAUUGUCACAAAGAAACACUGCUCCAAUUGAAGCCAGAGGGAAAGACACUCAUAGCUGCUGAGCCAGGUGCUGCCAAGGCAAUCAAGAGCUGGAAUCACUUCGAUCCAAAUCGUGUGCAGGCUCUGGCAAAAUACAAUGACAAGGCUCGAUUCGGAAAUACACUACGCUUGAGGAUACCACCUCUAGGUUCCGAUGGACGACCUGGAGAAGUAACAAUUGCCUUUCUGCCUGCUAGGAAUUACAUGACCGGCUUGCACAAUGCAUUUGGAAUCACAUAUCAAGCUCCCACCAGAGUUAAGACUGUCGCACCAACCAUGCCAUAUCAAAGUCCGCAACCUAUGUUCUCGCCAAAUGUUGCAAGGCCAGCUACGUCCCAGUCGACCAGAGAUUUGGUGGGACAAUCAGCACACCUAAGUACCACGCUUCAAAACCCUGAACACUCACAAAGACAACGAUGCCAGCCAGAGUUAUCAACAUCUUCGAACGAUGAAUCGUCAAGAGUCUUGCUUGCGUCAGACGACUCCGACCUGCCACCUUUACCACACUAUCUGCAAGAACAACCCGCUGCAUUGCCUCAACUAUCACAAAGCAUCCCAGAUGUGGAUUUUGAUGCAUCCGCGUUGAUCGAUACCACUGAUUUUGCAAGUACCCUACCUACGCCAGUUCUAUCUCCAUCUCCGUCAACACAAUCACCGAGUUCUUCUUUCUCCCCUGAAAGCACACCAACUACAAUCACAAGCCCUUCGUUUGCGAUCUCUCUGCCUAGCUCUCCAUCGCUUGCUGAAAUUCAAGCUCGAUACUCACGGCCACCGAUGAUACGGCCCGCCCGUCCGAAAGCGAUAUCGAUCCUCUACACACCACAUGGCCUUCCUCUUAGCGACAUUCAAGACUACAUCAAGUCACACCUUGUCCCACUUCCGGGCGCCUUACCACUUACUUGCCUUCUACAUAGCUUCGAUUAUGCCAAAAACCCUUGGUGGUUCGGUGGAAACAUUAUGAUGGGUGCUGAAGGGGGCAUCCAAAUUGCCCGAACUCUUAUGGCGCGCUGCUGGAUAAGUGCUCACGACGAGGAAAAGGACGAUAGAGGCGUAGCGGUCAAACUGCUCAAGUGCAACAGAAAUAAUGCAGAUAUGGUCCGUGACAAGCUGGCUAGUACAGAGAAAGGCUGGGACUGCGAUGUGCGGUCCCUUGAUGUUGGUGAGGAGAUUCUUCUGGUAGCUAAUCCUGAGCAGAAGGGGGUUGGAGGCGAUGAGAGUGGCAAUAUCGGUUUGGGCGUCGAGCUGAACAAUGCGUCUGACAAGAGAGGCUGA